CUCGCGAGAGAAAGAGCUUAUGGCGCCUGCGCGAAGUGGGUGGAGGCGGGUGGAGAAAGUGAGGAGGAAGAGGAGGAGGUGCUGUCCCACAAUACCAGGCGGGAGGGCGGGCAGGCGGUUUGUAUCCGGGCUGUGAGGUGCUGGGAGCCUCCGCGGACCUUGCUGUUGCCUCUGUCUCUUUAACGCGAGAGGAAGCGAUGCGGAGGGGUGGAAAAUGGCAGAGCUGCAGAUGUUACUAGAGGAGGAAAUCCCGUCCGGCAAGAGAGCGCUGAUUGAGAGUUACCAGAACCUGACCCGGGUAGCGGACUACUGUGAAAACAACUACAUACAGGCUACAGACAAGAGAAAAGCUUUAGAAGAGACCAAAGCCUAUACAACCCAAUCCCUAGCUAGCGUCGCUUAUCAAAUAAAUGCAUUGGCUAACAAUGUGCUCCAACUGCUGGACAUCCAAGCCUCUCAGCUCCGGAGAAUGGAGUCUUCCAUCAAUCAUAUCUCACAGACUGUGGACAUUCAUAAAGAAAAAGUGGCUCGAAGAGAGAUUGGUAUUUUGACAACAAAUAAGAAUACAUCAAGAACUCACAAAAUAAUAGCACCUGCGAACAUGGAGCGACCUGUAAGGUAUAUUCGGAAACCUAUUGACUAUACAGUUCUGGAUGAUGUGGGCCACGGUGUCAAGUGGCUAAAAGCCAAGCAUGGAAAUAACCAGCCUGCAAGAACUGGCACACUGUCGAGAACAAAUCCUCCUACUCAGAAACCACCGAGUCCUCCCAUGUCAGGCAGGGGAACGCUGGGACGAAAUACUCCUUACAAAACCCUCGAGCCUGUUAAACCUCCAACAGUUCCUAAUGACUACAUGACAAGUCCUGCGAGGCUGGGAAGUCAACAUAGUCCAGGCAGGACGGCUUCUUUAAAUCAGAGACCGAGGACACACAGUGGAAGCAGCGGAGGAAGUGGCAGCCGAGAGAACAGUGGCAGCAGCAGUAUUGGCAUUCCCAUCGCCGUGCCUACACCCUCACCACCCACCAUUGGACCAGCAGCCCCGGGCUCAGCUCCUGGUUCCCAGUAUGGCACAAUGACCAGGCAGAUUUCUCGGCACAACUCUACCACUUCCUCGACAUCUUCUGGUGGAUACAGACGGACUCCCUCUGUGACGGCUCAGUUUUCUGCUCAGCCUCAUGUUAAUGGAGGUCCACUUUAUUCUCAGAAUUCAAUUUCUAUUGCUCCACCCCCUCCCCCUAUGCCUCAGUUGACUCCACAGAUACCUCUCACAGGCUUCGUGGCCAGGGUGCAGGAAAACAUUGCUGAUAGUCCAACUCCACCACCACCACCUCCACCAGACGACAUACCAAUGUUUGACGACUCGCCACCUCCGCCACCUCCGCCGCCAGUGGAUUAUGAAGAUGAGGAGGCCGCAGUAGUUCAGUAUAACGACCCAUAUGCAGAUGGGGAUCCUGCUUGGGCCCCCAAGAAUUAUAUUGAGAAAGUUGUGGCAAUAUACGAUUAUACAAAAGACAAGGAUGAUGAGCUGUCAUUUAUGGAGGGUGCAAUCAUCUAUGUAAUAAAGAAGAAUGACGAUGGCUGGUAUGAAGGAGUCUGCAAUCGAGUGACUGGUCUGUUCCCAGGAAACUAUGUGGAAUCAAUCAUGCACUAUACUGAUUAAGUUUUUGCUUUUAAAGUAGAUUCUUAUUAUCACUCAGUCAUACUGUGGGACUAUUAUGGUUAACAGAAUUGUCUUAAAAUGUUUAAAAAUGUGCCCAUAUUUUCAGAACAUGCUGUUUUAUUGGUAUAAUUGAAUGUCUACUUAUAAGCAUAAAUCUCUGAGGCAGUUUGUGGAUUGCUGAGCAGCAUUCUACACGAGGCUGCCUGUCACAGAUUAUGCUUACAUACUUACACAUUGUUAACUUGCUGACCAGCCUAAAUAUUCUGGGGGUGUGGGUCUAUUUAAUAAAUCGUGAUUCAGAUCGUGCCAUCACAUGUCUCAGUGCAGCAUGGUUACUAACGCUCUGUCAGACUAAUACUAAAAAUCAGAAAACUUAAAUGCUGGUGCUGGUCAUACUUUUUGUUUAGACUCUCUCAUUCUUGAAAUAUACUGUUUGUUUAAAGCAUGCAUACAAAUUUAUGUAUUGAAAUAUACUUUAAAAAAAUCCAAGAUGCUUCCAAUUUGUGUAAUACUUGGAGUACUCGUACUUAGGUCUCUUGAAAUGAACUGAGUCUAAGUUCUCCACGUAAAACAAAAACAAAGGGUUACCUGUAAUGUUGUAAUUUGUACCUAAGUUUUUAAAUCAGUGAAUUUGCAUUAUAAAUUUUUUCCAUUCAUAAAUACGUAAGUGAACCAAAGGUUUUUUGUCCUUUCCUUCACUGGUUUGCUUUAAAAAUAAUGAUAAAUAAAAGAUACUGAUUUAUUGCAGAAUUAUGGUUCUAUUUUCUCAAUAUAUUAACUUGGGAAAAAAUUUAGCCUUAUCUCAACCUAUCCCAAUAGCAGUGGCUGAUUUUUGCAGAUUUAAAAUCAGAGAUGGUUAUUUACAAGUCAGUCUACUGAAUUCCUUUUCUAAAGUAGCUUUUUCAAAGCUAAGAUAAUGUGUCAAAGUGCACAUGCUGUAGGUGAGAUUCUUAAGGACUGCUCCAGGUCCUCUGGUUUUCCAGUGGACUGUCAUAUACUGAUUCAAUGAUAGGAAAUGCUAAUUAUCUUUUACAUAUUUUUUUUUUGGUAGAAGUGAAUGCAGUGGAUUUUUGAAUAGACACUGUUUAACCCAUUACCUGGCACUUGCAACAUAAAAAGAUUUUAAAUAUAAAGUAAUUGGGGGGAAAAGGUGCGCCAUGUAUUAAUCAUUGGACAGGGAUAUACCUGGCCAACAGAUCUGUGCUGUCUUUUGACAUAAUUGAAAUGCAACAUGUGCACUUUGUGUGUCUCCCCUUAAGGGAGGGUUCGAGGGGUGUUUCUCAUCUUGUAUAAUUCUCUGUUGCCUAGGACAUUGAAGUAGAGCACUCAAUCGUGGGUUUCUGUGUUUCAAUAAUUUGUUUGGAUUUCUAGUUAUGUACUACUGGGCGUUUCAGACUUACAACAGUAUAGUAAAUGGUAAGACUAGUGCAAGAUGUUUAUUUCUGAAAAUUAAAGGCCAUUAUUGCUACCAAAUCAAUGUGACUGUUGUAUACGCAUUUUGCCUUUGUUAAUCUUAAACACGAUUUCAGUAUCACUGGUGAUCAGCUACCUUCUUCAUUUUUUUCAAGUGGACUGUUCUCUUAAUUUUGUAUAUAACCUGUUGUCUAAAUUUUAUGUACAGUCUUUUAUAAUAAACCAUUCUCCUGUAUGAAAUUUUGGAUACUGUUAAAAUCUAACUAAUGUGGACUGAAAUGUAGACUUCAGUUUUAUGAUCUUUACUCCUAUGGUGAAACAAGAUAAACCAUAUGAAUUUUAACAUUGAUUAUUUAUUUGUGUAAUGGCUUUACAUGUGGCUACUAUAACUGUGUAAACAAUACCACAUAUAACCAUCAAGAUACCUCGAUUAGAGUUUACAGGACUAGAAUGACAGAUUCAGAUGGUUUAAAUACAUUUAAAAAGUUUUCUGAAAAACUUUGCCAA